CAAACGCUCAGAAAUGUAGCAGACAUCUGCUGUUCAAUUCCUCUGGCAGCAUUCUUGCUUAAGCAAGGUGCCGAUGUCAACGCCCAACAUGAUCCCAAGCAACUGACAGCACUACAACGCGUUGCAAAGCAGACAUCCAUCGAGGGUGCUAAGAUGAUGGAAUUUCUCCUGCUCAAUGGUGCUGAUCCGGAAUUGAACAAGGCAGAGCAAGAAAUCGAUAAAGGAAAAUUCGGCAUACUUCUGGUCCCAGCUCAAAAGAUCCGGGAUGAGAAGGGCGCAAAAAACAUUCAGAAAUGGUUGAGAAAGACGUGGGACGAACUUGUCGAAGAGACCAAGCAAAUCCGG